CCUCACAGUGACUGUCAAAUGAUUUUUUUCGUUGGAGGGUUGUAGCUAAAUUUUUUUAUAAAAAUAAGUCAUUAAUGUUCCUAAUAUUUACGUUAUACCUAUAAAGUAUUAUUAUUAUUAUUAUUAUUAGGUCAUCUAUCCUCCUCAUCUUCCCCGUUAGACUGCUAUUGGCACCUUGUCUUAUAAAAUAAGUUUUUAAAUUUAGACUUUCAAGAUCUAGACGGACAAUUGAAAAUACAUUUGGAAUAAUGGCAUCCAAAUGGCGUAUUUUCAGGAAGCCUAUAAUAGCUAGAGAAGAUAUGGUUAACGCUAUAACAAAAGCUACUAUUAUUUUACAUAAUUUUAUUAAAAAGUCAGAAAAAAACGCAGGUGUUCGUUAUUAUUGUAGUGCUUCAGAUAUUGACAAAACACAAAAUUGUGACUGGACGCAAAGUGAAAUAGGUGCAUUAGCCCCUAUUGGCCAUACAGGAAGUAACAUGCACUCUAAAAAUGCAAAAAUAAUAAGGAAUAAACUUAAAGAUAAUUUUUCUGGUGAAGGGGCAAUUUCGUUUCAAUAUGAUAGAGUCUUGAGAUGAAUACAAAAUGAAUACUAUGUUUCAAC